AUGUCUGCGGAGGCCAGAUCAAUGGGUCGGGAGGGCGGUGUUUUCAUCGGCAUCAGCGCUACGGGCUGUUGGGGGAAAACCAGCGGAGUUAGGGGGAGGUUCUACCCGGAACGGUUGCUCAUCUACCAUGCGGGGACAGGAAAAACCACCUUCCUCGCCUAUCUAAAAGUCACCACUCUUUUCCUGCUCGGCUUCUUCGACUUUAUUGUCGUGCCCGCCUACCUGCAAGCCAGUCACCCAAUACUCCCAACCAUCGGUGUCGGUCUCUGCGGCAUCAUCCCCGUCAUCUACGUAACCUGGAGCACCUCCCCCUUCAUCGCCUCCAUGCACCUGCACCUGCCCCCCUACGCCCGCUGGUCCCAAUCCAUCCUCGAGCGCUUCGCCCGCACCGCCCCGCCCAACACACGCCUCGACAUCACGACGAUGAGCCUGAUCGGCAAGCCGCGCGUGAGCUCCGUUACGCUGGCCGACCUGCGCCCCGCGCGCGAGCGGCUGGGCAUGGUGAACUAUGUGCGCGACGCGACGGUUGCAAAUGCGAACCGAAAGUGGUGGCGGUUUCGGGCCGUGACCAAGUUUCAUGUGCAUGAUGGGAUGGAGAGGAGUGUGAAGGAAGGGUGGGUGUGGGGGCCGUUGGCGGAUGGGAUUGCGAAAAGGGCGGCGGCGCGUUGGGGGGAUGGUGGAGGUAAGGACGAUGGGGUUGUUGGCAGUGGAGAGAAGAAGUAA